CUCAUGGGCUUAGCUUUCCGGACGGCCGUGCAGUGGGCUGCGCUUCCGUUAUCCCUGCUGGGAUGGGUGUUAGCCUGCCUCACAAACUACUUGCCCCACUGGAAGAACCUCAACCUGGAACUGAACGAGAUGGAGAACUGGACCAUGGGGCUCUGGGCAUCCUGCGUCAUCCAGGAGGAAGUGGGGAGGCAGUGCAAAAUCGUGCCCAGGUGGGAGUUCGGGGAGGCCCUCUUCCUGGGCUGGUUUGCUGGCUUCUGUCUUGUACUAGGGGGCUGUCUGCUGCACUGUGCGGCCUGCUCAAGCCCAGCUCCCCCAGCCUCGGGCCACUAUGCAGUGGCAGGAUUACCAGACUGUCAGCAACUGGAGCUGAAACAUGCCAACCCAGAAAUCUAAGCCAGAGGGACCAGCAGCCUCUCCACAGCAGGCGCUUGCUCCAGCUGGACUUGGUAGGAUCUCCUGCUAUAAUCACCCCCACUCCCUGUGAUUUUGAUUUUCUGAAACGCGUACUUCCUUUCUGUGACUAUUAACUUCUUCCAAUACAAUUUCUUUCUAUCACUGAGCAAAGCAUUUCUGUUUUCUCUUUGGAGGCCAAAUGAAUCAGGACCUAUUAAUGUAAUCAGUCCUUAAUGAGCCUGAGCGCUUCAUCAACCUUUAAAAUAGGCUGUGACUGUACACACACAGGGAACAGGGAAAUAAAGCAUUCUAUGAGCACUUCUGUAACUCUGACAGGAUCAUUCACGUGGAGAGGAACCAUGUGGGAUACACAUGUGAUGGCUGAUCAUAUACUUUCGGGUGUCUAAGAUAACUUAUGAAACUAAGGUUUCAGUGGAUACAUGACAACCAAUGACAGUACAAAAAACAACAUAAAACGCUUGCUUGGUCUUUAAGGGACUCAACGGGACACCCCCUUUUUAGAGACCUCAGUGUCUCUAGAGAGUCCUUCCCACACCAGAAACAUCCAUGCUUGCCUCUGGGCAGUCACCUUGGGUCCUGGGAAUUCAGGUAGAAUCUGCCACACAAAAGUGCACCUGCCUCGCUGUGCCCUGUGUUUCGGGGUGGGAUGUCCUGCCUGCUUUGGCUCUGUGGCAGAGGACGGGACUGGUGUGUGUGGGCACAGUGCCCUCUGGGAGGGCUGCCUCCUUUUGAAGAACUCUGCCAGCUCGGGUAGUUUAACUGGGGACCACAUACUCGUCAGUCCCUGUUUUCCUUGGGAAAUGAAAAUACUCCAUCUCAUUUAUCCUUGAUGUACACCGUCUA